AUGACUUAUUUCGAAUCUAAUAUUUUGCUAAAGGCAGCUUUGCUAGGAUCCCCCCCACCAACAUAUCAAAUAUUAGCAGGAAGGUAACAACCUUACAGUUUAUCAAAAUUAAACAAACUUAGAUAUCUAAGCAGUGUAAAUAUGCUCUAUGCUAUCUUUAUCGCAAUUGCUAAAUAUGUUAGUGAAUAGUAAGUUUAGAAUGCAUCCUCUCAAAUUUUGUAAGUAUUCCAUUAUGCUUCUUUGUAUUAAACUUUGUUAUUAGUUUAUUUUAGAAAUCUCUAAAUCAUAUGCUAAGAAAUAUCAGUUAUAAAUCGUAACUGUGAUAUAUAAUCUUUUGAAAUCGAUUAAACCAAAAUCGAAAUAAAAUGGAGGAGAAAAGAAAAAAGAGUGUAAUAAAAUUUCUCAAUUUUAAAAGCACAUUUAUCAAAAAUAGCAAAUGCCUAAAUCAAAACUCAAAAGUAACAUUAUCAAUUAACUAGAUUAUUCUGCAACGAAAAUCCUAAGUAAAAUCUGGCAUCAUUAACUAGAUAACAAGAAUAAACAUCAAUUAAAGCUGAAACCUAUUUAAAUCUAGAGAAUUGA